AUGUCUCUCAAUCUCGAAAAGCAGCUUCUCUUUUAUGGUUCUUACCAUCACAAUCCCGUCAAUGUCGCCAUCCACAUCACCUGCGUUCCUCUGAUUCUGUUGACCGCCUUCCUUUUCUGCACCAACACUCCUGCGCUUCCUCUCCCGGAUGCUGUCACCAUCCCCAACUUACCAGCCAACCUGGGCACUAUUGUGGCUUCGCUUUAUUCACUCCUCUACAUCCUGAUGGAACCUGUUGCAGGAGGAAUGUUAGCACCUCUACUCCUCUCUGCCACUGCCUAUGCCAAUCAUCUCACCUCAACCUACGGCAUGACCGCUAACUACUACGCUCUUGGUCUGCACAUCUUCGCUUGGCUUGCCCAGUUCGUUGGACACGGUGUCUUCGAAGGCCGUGCUCCUGCUUUGCUCGACAAUCUCGUUCAGGCUUUGUUCUUGGCCCCUUUCUUUGUCUGGCUUGAGGUUCUCUUCUUCCUUGGAUACCGUCCCGAACUCAAGGCCAGGCUCGACCAAUCCGUUGCCAAAGAGGUUGCAAAGUUCAAGGCUUCAAAGACCUCCAAUGGAAAGGCCAAGGCCAACGGCACUACAAACGGUACAGCCCACUGA